AGCACACAGAAGUCCCCAACACUGUUGAUGAUGGGCAGCAGAUCACCAGGAAGAAUCUUCAACGCUCUGCUCACUGGAAAAUAAAAGUAUUUGAGGUUUAUCUGGAAUACUGUAACAGAAAGGAGUCACACAUCACGUCUUCAGCACAACAGGAAGGUGAGUCAAACACACAAACAUACAAUGUGUUACAAUAUUUAUGGGUAUAAGGAGUAAAAAGUGUUAACUUGUUUAGUUUUUUUUGUAUUAACUUUGUUGUUAUUCAGAUAAAUGUCUGAUACACACACAUAUACAGUGGAAAAUAAAUAAAUAAAGAUCAGUAGAGGGCUGGGGUUAAACCCCAGAUGGACCCUAAAACAUGUAUUUCUGUCAGAAUCUAUUUUAGAGAGAAGAUGAAAAGGAGGCAACCUCCAUUAACAGACUCCGGAGUCAGGCGGAGGGCACGCUUUGCAUUAGAAAAACGACUCCAUGACAUUGCAGACGACUCUCAUUUAACAGAACAGGCGGUAGAAAACAGGGCAGACCCAUGUGACAACACCAAUGACAGCGAUGGCAACCAUGAUUGUGACUCUAGCGUUACUCCUCAAGUGGAGGAUGACAAUUCAGAUGACCAUCACACAGACAUAGAAUGGGGGGGAGAAGAAAUGGUUUCAGAGUCUGAUGAUGACACUGAUGAAGAGCAUGUGAGCCUUUUGGACAGCUUAGCCAAUUGGGCUGUACAGUUCAGUAUUUCUUUGGUCGCGCUCACAGCCCUCCUUACCCUGUUGAGGGUGUACCACCCAGAACUGCCAAAAGAUGCUAGGACUGUCCUCAAAACAGAAAUUAAUUACAAAAUACAAGAAAAAUGUGGUGGGUUGUAUCAUUAUACAGGUAUCUUGGCAGCGCUUCGUAACACCUUAUCUCAACAUAUACGCAAUGUUGCUGAUGGCUUUAAAUUCAAGCUGCAGAUUAAUAUUGAUGGGUUACCACUGUUUAAAAGCACAAAUAUUCAGUUUUGGCCUAUUUUAGGACUUCUGUUAAGUGUUCCAAUGAAGGAACCUGUUGUCAUAGGCAUUUUUUGUGGCAGUAAAAAACCUUAUCCAGCUGAAGAAUUUUUGCAAGACUUCACAUGUGAGUUACAACAGCUACAGAGAGGUUUUGAUUUCAGUGGGAAAAAAGUGUUCCUUGAAAUGGUUUCUGUUGUGUGUGAUACACCUGCUAGGGCAUUUGUAAAAAACACAAAGGCUCACAAUGGAUAUCACGGAUGUGAUAAAUGUUCCCAGCCAGGUGUUUACAUUAACAGAUGAAUGACUUACCCUUUAAAUAAUUACAUGUUACGGACUGACUCAUCAUUUUCACAGAGAGCUGAUGAGGAUCAUCACCAUGAAGGACCUCAUGGAUUUUCUAAUUUAGAUGUUGGUAUGGUAACUCGGUUUCCCCUUGAUUACAUGCACCUUGCAUGUUUAGGUGUAAUGCGACGAUUGCUAAACAUUUGGCUGAGGGGCCCUCUGAUGUUUCGUUUGUCCUCUAGUCUUGUUGACAGGAUUUCAGAAAGUCUAACUCAGAUGCGUAGGUAUAUACCAGCAGAGUUUGCAAGGAAACCAUGAUCCCUUCGAGAAUUAGAUCGUUGGAAAGCUACAGAGUUCAGACAAUUUCUCUUGUAUACAGGCCCUGUUGUUCUGGAACCAUAUUUAGACAGUAAUUUAUAUAACAACUUUAUGUUGUUAUCUACAGGUAUUUCCAUCCUUGUCAGUCCACAGCUAGUCCAUAUGUAUAGUACAUAUGCAAACACACUGCUCUCCACAUUUGUUAGUCAUUUUGGGGAGCUGUACGGCAGAGAUGCCUUAGUGUAUAAUGUCCAUUCCUUGGUCCACCUGUCUGCAGAUGCAGAUGUGCAUGGUUGUUUGGACACUAUCUCUGCUUUUCCAUUUGAAAAUUACCUUCAUAAACUGAAGAGGUAGUCCAGGAUCAGGUAGUACGAAGGUUAUCAGAGGUUCAAAAGAUCUGCAGCAUUGGUUGUCGUGAGGGUCUAAGAAGGCAACAUUAUGUUGGACCUGUUCCUGAUGGCCUUCAAGCUGAA